AUGGCCAACAACGCCAUCCCACCCCUGAUGCUUUUGCCUACAGGGCAAAUGUGUUGGAGCGGAGUACUUCCAGGUUUCAUCCUACCCUCUUUCCCAAUUUUUUCUCUACUCUUUUAUACUCUCAUAUCUUCCUCAAUGGCUCUUGUUAGUGUGCCGGGAUUAGACUAUGACUAUGGAGCCCAGCCCAAGUUUGUUUGCACCCCGAUUCCAGCGGAAGCAGACCCCAGCUGCUUCACACCAGGUGGGGCAGCACACGGACCUGUCCACGACAGACCCAGCAGUAAUGGGCAUCAUGGACCUGCUGCAGGGGCGCCCAAUGGUAACGGCAGGAGGUCAAUGGGGAUAGGAAUAUCAGAUGAGGCCAAAUCCACCAUCCUGCACCUUCGCGAGAGCCUGGUGCGGCAAAAAGAGACCAUCUUAGACCAGCGGGAGACGAUCAGGGAACUGACUGCCAAACUGACCCUCUGUGAGGGCUUUGGCCGGGGGAUGGGUCAUCAUGAUGACCAUCACGACGACCACCAUGGACCCCCGCGUCACAACACCCAUCACCCGAGCUCGCACCACUCCUACCAUGAUGCUAACCACCACGGGAACCCACACUACCCACUGAACAAUGGGCAUCGAUCGGACCCACACCACCGAGGGAAGGACAACUCUGGGAGCAAGCAUGGGGCCUUCUCCCCUGAGCAGACUAGGAAAACACUACAGACACUCAAGGAGAGGCUGGAGAACUUGCAGGUAAGUGGGAACAACAACAAAGGAUGAGUAGGAAAAGGGAUAGGAAGCUUAUUUGCCUUUGUGUGAAUUUAAGUUAUCUUAUGCGUCACUAUGGGGUACUGUUUGUCUCGCUACUGACCUGAAAUGAAGCACGACAAAGGGUGUUCCGGCUUUCUCACAUGCCGUGAGGAUAAUCAGUGGCCUACAGCCCAAGCUCCAUCCAUGUGCAUGCGUAGGACGAACUAAGUUGAUUAGUUAACUAUCCUGACUCUCACCCUAGAGGAUAUAUUGCACUGAUCCCAUUGGAAUUUAUGAAGCCUAGGAGAAGGUCCUGUUGAGUGAUUGUAUGACAUAUGACCAUUGACACUAACAAUGAACUGAACACCGUUUUUUUUUUUCCUUCUUAAUUUUCCCAUGCAUUAAGGAAGUUCCUGUAUAUACAAAAUCCAACUUAAUUGACCAACAUUUUUGGGAUUCUGAAAGAUUAUUUUUUGGUUCUAAUUGAUUCUGUUUCUCACCAUCUGUGUUAUCAAUUUGCUUAAAGUGAUUAUAGCACUCUAUAAUGAAUUGUAAGACUUGCUAUAAGACUUGCUAUAGGCGUAUAUCCUAUACAAGCACUACUAACACCAACACUUCGAAAGUAGAGCCCAACCGAUAUGUAUUUUUUGGGUCCGAUAACGAUUCUGAUUUUUUUGUGUGACAAAACUUACUGAUGCCGAUUUAGUGUUUUACAGCAGGGAAAUCUUCCACACCAAGUUCUCUUAAAUUGCCAUCCAAAAGAUUAAUUGUCCAAGAAAUUUGCUUCAAAUGUUGAUUUCUUACAUUGUGAUAAUAAUGAAAAUGAGAAUGGGCGCUAGUGUUCAGAUAAGCAUGAGAUUCACUUUUUUUCCAUUCCAUUUAUUGAAUAUCGGUCAUUAAUAGAAUUAUCGGCCGAUAUAUCGGUAAAAAGCCAAUAUCGGCCGAUAAUAUAGAUGAAACAAUAUACAGUACCAGUCAAAAGUUUGGACACACCUACUCAUUCAAGGGUUUUUCUUUAUUUUUACUAUUCUCUACAUUGUAGAAUAAUAGUGAAGACAUCAAAACUAUGAAAUAACACAUAUGGAAUCAUGUAGUAACCAAAAAAGUGUUAAACAAAUCAAAUAUAUUUUAUAUUUCAGAUUCUUCAAAUAGCCACCCUUUGCCUUGGUGACAGCUUUGCACACUCUUGCCAUUCUCUCAACCAGCUUCACCUGGAAUGCUUUUCUAACAGUCUUGAAGGAGUUCCCACAUAUGCUGAGCACUUGUUGGCUGCUUUUCCCUUCACUCUGCGGUCCGACUCAUCCCAAACCAUCUCAAUUGGGUUGAGGUCGGGUGAUUGUGGAGGCCAGGUCUUCUGAUGCAGCACUCAUUCACUCUCUUUGAUGGCAUAUCGCUGCAGAAUGCUGUGGUAGCCAUGCUGGUUAAGUGUGCCUUGAAUUCUAAAUAAAUCACUGACAGUGUCACCAGCAAAGCACCCCCACAUCAUAACACCUCCUCCUCCAUGCUUUACGGUGGGAAAUACACAUGCGGAUAUCAUCCGUUCACCCACACCGCGUCUCACAAAGACACGGUGGUUGGAACCAAAAAUCUCCAAAUUUGGACUCCAGACCAAAGGACACAUUUCCACUGGUCAAAUGUCCAUUGCUCAUGUUUCUUGGCCCAAGAAAGUCUCUUCUUCUUAUUGAUGUCCUUUAGUAGUGGUUUCUUUGCAGCAAUUCAACCAUGAAGGCCUGAUUCACACAGUCUCCUCUGAACAGUUGAUGUUGAGAUGUGUCGGUUACUUGAACUCUGUGAAGUAUUUCUUUUUGAGCUGCAAUUUCUGAGGCCGGUAACUCUAAUGAACUUAUCCUCUGUAGCAGAGGUAACUCUGGGUCUUACAUUCCUGUGGCGGUCCUCAUGAGAGCCAGUUUCAUCAUAGCGCUUGAUGGUUUUUGAGACUGCACUUGAAGAAACUUUCAAAGUUCUUGAAAUGUUCCGUAUUGAUGGACCUUCAUGUCUUAAAGUAAUGAUGGACUGUUGUUUCUCUUUGCUUAUUUGAGCUGUUCUUGCCAUAAUAUGGACUUGGUCUUUUACCAAAUAGGGCUAUCUUCUGUAUACCCCCCCUACCUUGUCACAACAGAACUGAUUGGCUCAAACGCAUUAAGAAGGAAAUAAAUUCCACAAAUUAACUUUUAAGAAGGCACACCUGUUAAUUGAAAUGCAUUCCAGGUGACUACCUCAUGAAGCUGGUUGAGAGAAUGCCAAGAGUGUGCAAAGCUGUCAUCAAGGCAAAGGGUGGCUAUUUGAAGAAUCUGAAAUAUAAAAUAUAUUUUUAUUUGUUAAACACUUUUUUGGUUACUACAUGAUUCCAUAUGUGUUAUUUCAUAGUUUUGAUGUCUUCACUAUUAUUCUACAAUGUAAAAUUAGUAAAAAAUAAAGAAAAACCCUUGAAUGAGUAGGUGUGUCCAAACUUUUGACUGGUAGUGUAUAUCGGUCAGGCUCUAAAAAUAAAAGUGUUACCAAAAAACCUUGCUAUAAGACAUCAUAGAGGCCUAUAGCCUAUACAAGCAUUAAUAACACUUAUUAACACUGGUGGUCCAUAGAAAGUGUUACCAAAAAUUCUCUGUCUUGAGGGUGUUAAAGACAGUACAGCUGAGAUUGGAGUUCCGUCACCUAACAGGAUGUCUAUGCCACAAACCGAUGUCUAAGCAUUGCAGGGUGGUAGCCACCUUCAAUGCCAAUUAGCAUCAUCCAUGGUGACGAGCUAAUAAUCUGGGUGAGCUGUGGCAAUGGGUAAAGCCGGAUUUGAUCAGAGACACUGACAGAAGUAGAUGGAGGGAAGGAAGGAAGUUGACAGGAAGGUAGGGGCCGCCUUUAAAUGUCUUUAUCCCAACCAAAUUAUUUUUUAUCUGCCCACUUUAAGAGAUUAGGGGUAGCACAAUAUGACCGAAGUAAGCAACCCAGAAUGGGCUAAAGUAGAAGAGGUGUCUUUAAAACAAAACAUGAAUUUGAGCAUCCUUGAAAAAAUACGUUUUUCAGCUCUUUAAAAGUCCUAUUAUGGAAAUAAAUUCCAACUGAUAUUUUAGUUUGCUCCACAAAGUUUUAAUAACCAAGCACAUGGACUAAUAAGGUACGCAAACAUUUCCUAUAAUAACUAUGAAUAAUUUUCUCUUUCUCCAGGCCAGGAAUUCCUCCAGCUCCUACUCAAGCUCACUGAGAGACCUCCUGCAACGCAAAAUCAAUGCACUUGAGAAGCAGCUCAACAAUCACUACGGUGGGCAUCAUGAUCAUGAUCACCAUGAUGACCACCACGAUGACCACCAUGACGACCACCACGAUGACCAUCAUGACGACCACCACGAUGACCACCACGAUGACCACCAUGGACCCGGUCACCACGACGACCACCAUGAUGAUCGACACGAUGACCACCAUGUACCCAGUCACCACGACGAUCACCGUGAUGACCACCACGACACCCACACCCCCACCCCCACCCGCCACAACAACCGCCACAACAACCGUCAAAACAGUCACCAUGACGAACAUCACUAUGACCGACACUAUGACCGCCAUUAUGAUCGUAGCCAUGGCCGCCAUGACACCCACCAUAACGACCACAAUGACAAUCACCAUGAUGACCAUCAUGACGACCGUAAUGGCGAACACCAUGACGACCAUCAUGAUGAUCACCAUGACGACCACCACGAUCUUCACGAUGACCACCAUGAUGACCACCAUGGAAAUGGUCACCAUGAUGAUGGUCACCAUGGCAAUGACGACCAUGGCCAUCAUCCUCGUCCAUCCUAUAACAGCAAGCCGCCGGCUCCAAGACCUCUUGGCCGUGGACACAACAAGCUUGAAACUGUGCUCAGCCACCUUAACCACAGGAACACUGACCCUGGUAUUGAAACUCUGAUAAUAACCCACUUUGAUACUGUAUACUAUUUUCCAAGUUAUAUCAUGCAUUCCCAGUUGAAUUUGCAGGUACAGAUAUUCAGUAUCAGCUGUUCAUUGCUCAUAUUUUGUUGUUUUGUAUCCCAACAGGUACCCGGAAAAAGCCAAAGAGUCCAGAUGCUUUCCAGAUUGGCUUCCCUAUGCGCACUAACUACAUGUAUGGAAGGAUAAAGAGGACCCUACUCAACGAAAUCUUCGCCCUCAGCGUCUGCCUCUGGAUAAAAGGGGGAUCAGGGCCUGGCCUCGGCACGCCCUUCUCCUACUCUGUACCGGGACAGGCCAAUGAACUGGUUCUGAUCGAAUGGGGCAACAACCCCAUGGAACUACUGGUCAACGACAAGGUAAGAGCAUGAUUUAUUAUUUUGCGUAGUUUCACCUUGUGCCCCUAGUGACCAAUUUGCAAAGAUAUAUAUUAUUUUCCCUCACUUUUUACACACAUACACUCUUCUACUAUAAGGUUUCCUACUGUGAUGUGUCAGACAUACAGUGCCUUCAGAAAUAUUCAGACCCCUUGACUUUUUCCACAUUUUGUUACGUUACAGCCUUAUUCUAAAAUUGUUUAAAUAAAUACAAAUCCUCAGCAAUCUACACACAAUACCCAAUAAUAACAAAGCAUAAACAGGUUUUUAGAAAUGUUAGCAAAUGUAUAAAAAAUAAAAAACAGAAAUACCUAAUUUACAUAAGUAUUCAGAAAUUGAGCUCAGUUGCAUCCUGUUUCCAUUGAUCAUCCUUGAGAUGUUUCUACAACUUAAUUGGAGUCCACCUGUGGUAAAUUCAAUUGAAUGGACAUGAUUUGGAAAGGCACACACCUGUCUAUAUAAAGUCCCACAGUUGACAGUACAUGUCAGAGCAAAAACCAAGCCAUGAGGUCGAAGGAAUUGUCCGUAGAGCUCAGAGACAGGAUUGUGUCGAGGCACAGAUCUGGGGGUACCAAAACAUUUCUGCAGCAUUGAAGGUCCCCAAGAACACAGUGGCCUCCAUCAUUCUUAAAUGGAAGAAGUUUGGAACCACCAAGACUCUUCCUAGAGCUGGCCGCCCAGCCAAACUGAGCAGUCGGGGGAGAAGGGCCUUGGUCAAGGAGGUGACCAAGAACCCGAUGGUCACUCUGACAGAGCUCUAGAGUUCCUCUGUGGAGAUGGGAGAACCUUCCAGAAGGACAACCAUCUCUGCAGCACUUCACCAAUCAGGCCUUUAUGGUAGAGUGGCCAGACGGAAGCCACUCCUCAGUAAAAGGCACAUGAAAGCCCGCUUGGAGUUUGCCAAAAGGCACCUAAAGACUCUCAGACCAUGAGAAACAAGAUUCUCUAGUCUGAUGAAACCAAGAUUGAACUCUUUUGCCUGAAUGCCAAGCGUCACGUCUGGAGGAAACCUGGCACCAUCCCUACGGUGAAGCAUGGUGGUGGCAGCAUCAUGCUGUGGGGAUGUUUUUCAGUGGCAGGGACUGGGACACUAGUCAGGAUCGAGGCAAAGAUGAACGGAGCAAAGUACAGAGAGAUCCUUGAUGAAAACCUGCUCCAGAGUGCUCAGGACCUCAGACUGGGGUGAAGGUUCACCUUCCAACAGGACAACAACCCUAAGCACACAGCCAAGACAAUGCAAGAGUGGCUUCGGGACAAGUCUCAUAAUGUCCUUGAGUGGCCCAGCCAGAGCUCGGACUUGAACCCAAUUGAACAUCUCUGGAGAGACCUGAAAAUAGCUGUGCAGCAACGCUCCCCAUCCAACCUGACAGAGCUUGAAAGGAUCUGCAGAGAAGAAUGGGAGAAACUCUCCAAAUACAGGUUUGCCAAGCUUGUAGCGUCAUACCCAAGAAGACUCGAGGCUGUAAUCGCUGCCAAAGGUGCUUCAACAAAGUACUGAGUAAAGGGUCUGAAUACUUAUGUAAAUGUGAUAUUUCAGUUUUUUUUUUUUUAUAAAUUUGCAACAAUUGCUAAACCUAUCAGUCAGUUGCCCCAUUGGCAGCACAAGUGGAAAAUCAAUCACCUCAAGGCAAGCAAGCUCACACCUCAGUGUCAGGUGACUCCAUUCUCAUCCAAUCAGGCACCAGAAUUCAAUGUAUCUCCUGUCCUCAAGGAGCAUGGCAGGAGGCAGUUACAGUUCAGCUGCAGCCUGCUCUCACCCCCUGAGAGACAGUGGCCCUGUCCUCAUCUAUCAUCCUCCCUAAUGGCAUAAGACCACAGCUUACCUAGCACAGUCAUGCGAAGAGGCGUCUAAUGACAGGGUGGAGGUGAGGAUAAACACAUGGUCUGGGCCCAUACCUCAGCAUGAGGCAGGGUUUCCCGCAGACGAGGGGAUCUUUUUUUUAUUCUUUUAUUAUUUAACUAGGCAAGUCAGUUAAGAAAAAUUCUUAUUUACAAUGACAGCUUACCCCAGCCAAACCCGGACAACGUUGGGCCAAUUGUGCGCCGCCCUAUGGGACUCCCAAUCACGGCCGGAUUGUGAUACAGCCUGGAAUCGAACUAGGGUCUGUAGUGACGCCUCUAGCACUGAGAUACAAUGCCUUAGACCGCUGCGCCACUCGGGAAUUUGGUGGUGCAACCUGGGAGAUGCCUAGCUAUGGCACCCGAAGGAUAUGUUGUUAUGAACUGACACAAAAGAAAGCACACUACUUGAAAUGCGAUGGCCAUUUGUACCUGUUCAAAAAACCUGACAAAUCUUUCACGAAAUAUCAUUCAAAAAAAUGACAACAUGUGUUUAAUUUACCUUCUGAAGGUGUAAUUUUUCUAAAUGCCCAAGACAAUGACACUAAUACCCUGUUCUGUGACAGUCAAUUAACCUGGUAAUAAUCUCUCUUUCUCCGAACAGGCAGUGACCUUGCCCUUUUUACUCAUGGAAAUCUUUUGUUUAGACUCUUUGGAUUGAGCCAAUCAAUCAAUCAAUCAGCCAAUCAUGCAAUUAGUUAAUCGAGCCAUUGCCUCUAUUUCCCUGCACAGGCAGUGACAUUGCCCAUGGCAAUGACGGAUGGGAAGUGGCACCAUCUGUGUGUGACAUGGUCGACACACAAUGGGCAUUGGGAGGCCUUCCAGGACGGCGUAAAAAGGGGAUCUGGAGAGAAUCUAUCUGCAUGGCAUCCCAUCAAGCCUGGUGGAGUCUUUAUUCUGGGCCAGGAACAGGUACAACUAUAUGUUUCCUUUCUAUGAAUUUGCAUACUCAAAGUUCUGAAGAACAUAUAAAAGCUGGGAUAGGAACCGGAAAUUACUUGUCACACUUACAGUGUGUGUUUGCUGAUUUUAGGCUUUGUAGAACACAAAAAGCUGUUAAUACAAUCGUUAAAGCUGAUUAUCAUCUAGUUGUGUCCUGAGAAGACACAGGCUAUUGCCAAAAACUAAGCUUGGAAAUCAGUGCAUUGGUGACUGUGAUAUGUGGUUGUCUCACUUAGCUUUCUUAAGAUGAAUGCACUAACUAAGUCGCACUAGACAAGAGCGUCCAGCAGGUCUCAUAGACUAGACGUAACAUAGUAAAUGUAAAUCUGAGAGACUGAUAUUAGUAUGAUAUGUUACAUUUGGUAUGGUUACAUAAGACAGAAGGUUCCUUAAGGCAAAAAACGAAAGUAGGUUGGGUGGGCAUAUAACGCGAACAUUGCGUGUUCAAAUCUUAUAAUGGACAACUUUAGCAUUUUAGCGAAUUAGCAAUUUUGCAACUACUUACAUAUAACGCAAACGUCUAGCAACCCAAAGGUUGCGUGUUCAAAUCUUAUAAUAGACCAUUUUUGCAUUUUAGCUAAUUAACAAUUUUGCAACUACUUACAUAUAACGCGAACGUCUAGCAACCCAAAGGUUGCGUGUUCAAAUCUUAUAAUGGACAACUUUAGCAUUUUAGCUAAUUAGCAAUUUUGCAACUACUUACUACUUUUUUGCUACUUAGCAUGUUAGUUAACCUUCCCCCUAACCCUAACCUUAACAUGAGACUAGGUCAUGAGAUGGUUUAAGUACAAAGGUUGAUUGAUCUGAACUGCCUAGUUUUAGAACGUUGUUGGCAACUAACCAACCUUGUUGUAAAGGAAAAAAAGGUGGAAAACUCAAAGACUAGACAAAUCUGUUUAAAUAAUUGUGUCUUGUUCGUUAAUUGUGGGACAGAUAGUACUUGUACAUGUUUUGUGGUCCUUUAUUCUUAAUAAUAACGCUGUGCUUUCCUAACAGGACACCCUAGGUGGCCAAUUUGACGCCACCCAGUCCUUCGUGGGCGAGAUGUCAGACCUCCAGUUGUGGUCCCGCGUUCUCACGCCCAAUGAAAUCUACAGCCAGGCUUCCUGCGGAGGUCACCUGGCCGGUGACCUCAUCUCCUGGACAGAGGCAGUGGUCGAGCUUCACGGUGGGGUCACCAAAUACCCCUUCGACCCCUGCCACUAAGCACUAUCCCAUUCUGCCUCAUCAAAAUGUCUGAUCACCAAGCCCCUGAUGUCAGUCAACCAGC